AUGCCUCAGUCCCUCUCGGCCCCGCCUUGGGUCAAGCCGAAGCUCAAUCUCGCCAGCAUGCCAACCGAAAUACUAGAGAAGAUCAUCGCCAUGGCCAUGCCAGAACGAGUCACUGUCACUGGGAGGUACAGCAUACCGCUCGGAGAACUGAAAGCAGGCCGCUUCGAUCGUCAAGCUACCAAAUGGAAGCAGUGCUAUCCCUUCCGGUGGACCAUAUGGUGGUGUCCUGGCCUGCUGCUCGUCUCCAAGAGUAUUCGUCAGAUUGUGCGGAAGCACUUGGCCGCCUUGCCAUUUCUAUGGUUCACCUGGGACACGUCUCAGCACGGUUUCCUGCUCCAGGCCAUGGAAGGCCACGCCCUAUGGCGCGCGCCAGCUGAGUGUAAGGAGAUGAUGAGGGAUUACUUCAGAGAGUUGUUCACGAGGGAUGAAGAACAUGGUCUUCCGACUCGGCGUCGAGCUGCGAAGGUAGAAGAGACUUCCUGA